GCACACGCUUUGCUCACCCUCAAAAUUUCAUCGCCCAGUAAUCUUCCACGUCAUAUUCAUCCAGACAGGUCAUUGGCGGAGUGUUAAACUGCAUCACCCGCAGGUCUGAAACAGCCGAGGGACGACUCGAUGCAGAGUCUUCGGAAGAGCAAGCAUUCCGAAAUCCUGUGAAAUUGGAAAACCAAUCUGCAACCUCAUUCCCCUCUCUCGACGUACGAUUGAAAUCCGAAAUCCAAUCUCUUCGGAUCAAAUCACUGCUCCGGGUUACCGAAGAGUGAUGAUUCUCGCUUGAGAAGAACAAUCCCUAGAGAUUUUGUUGUAUCGACGAAAUACGAAUUCAUUUCUAUUUGGCUUUGAAGAUCGAAACGUACAUCGCCGUGCAAGAUUCAAUUCUUGUUGCUACGGAUACGCUGAUUGCGUGGAGUUAUCUGUUUGAAGAAGAAAAUUAUCUUGGAUUUAAGAUUUGGGUUAAGAUCUUCUCGUAAAAAUGAUGUCAAAAUCGUAUACCAAUCUUUUAGACUUGGCAUCAGGGAAUUUUCCAGUUAUUGGUCGGGAAAGGAGGCGGCUUCCCAGGGUAAUGACAGUUCCAGGAAAUGUGUCUGAACUUGAUGAUGAACAGGCUUACAGUGUGUCGUCUGAUAAUCCGUCUUCACUUGCUCAAGAUCGGAUGAUUAUUGUUGCUAACCAGUUGCCUGUGAAAGCAAAGCGGAGGCCAGAUAAUAAGGGAUGGAGUUUUAGUUGGAAUGAGGAUUCUUUGCUCUUGCAACUUAAGGAUGGGUUGCCGGAAGAUAUGGAAGUGAUUUACGUUGGUUCAUUGAGAGUUGAUGUUGAUUUGAAUGAGCAGGAUGAUGUAUCACAGAUACUGUUGGACAAAUUUAAAUGCGUCCCUACCUUUUUGCCACCUGAUAUUUUGGAAAAAUUCUAUGAUGGGUUCUGCAAGAGGCAGUUGUGGCCGCUUUUUCAUUACAUGUUGCCAUUUUCAGUUGAUCAUGGAGGUCGAUUUGAUCGAUCUAUGUGGGAAGCAUAUGUCUCAGCAAACAAGUUAUUUUCCCAAAGAGUGAUUGAGGUGAUAAACCCAGAGGAUGACUAUGUCUGGAUUCAUGAUUACCAUUUGAUGGUGCUGCCCACCUUCUUAAGAAGACGCUUUAACCGGUUAAGAAUGGGGUUCUUUCUUCACAGCCCAUUUCCCUCGUCAGAGAUCUACAGGACUCUUCCUGUCAGAGAAGAAAUACUUAAAGCUCUACUCAACUCAGACAUUAUUGGUUUCCACACCUUUGAUUAUGCUCGGCAUUUUCUUUCCUGUUGCAGUCGAAUGUUGGGUUUGGAGUAUCAAUCAAAGAGGGGUUAUAUAGGGCUUGAAUAUUACGGAAGGACUAUUGGGAUUAAGAUUAUGCCAGUUGGAAUUCAUAUGGGUCGGAUUGAGUCAGUGAUGAAACUUGCCGAUAAGGAAUGGAGAGUGGGGGAACUUAGACAGCAGUUUGAUGGUAAAAUGGUGCUGCUUGGUGUAGAUGAUAUGGAUAUUUUUAAAGGCAUUAAUUUGAAGCUUUUGGCAAUGGAACAGAUGCUUAAACAGCAUCCAAAGUGGCAAGGAAGAGCUGUGCUUGUCCAGAUUGCAAAUCCUCCAAGAGGUAAGGGGAUAGAUCUAGAAGAAAUACGGGUUGAGAUACAGGAAAGCUGCAAGAGGAUUAAUGAAAAUUACAGUCAGCCUGGUUAUGAACCAAUAGUUUAUAUUGAUAGGCCAGUUUCAAUCAGUGAAAGGGUUGCUUAUUAUGCAAUUGCUGAGUGUGUUGUUGUCACAGCUGUAAGGGAUGGGAUGAACCUUACUCCGUAUGAAUAUAUAGUUUGUCGACAAGGAAUAUCUGGUUUAGAAUCAGGUUCAGAUAUGAGUGGGCCGAAGAAAAGCAUGUUAGUGGUAUCAGAAUUUAUUGGCUGUUCUCCUUCACUCAGUGGGGCAAUCCGUGUCAACCCAUGGAAUGUUGAAGCAACUGCAGAGGCAAUGAACGAGGCUCUAUCAAUGGCUGAACCAGAAAAACAGUUGCGGCAUGAAAAACAUUACCGUUAUGUUAGCUCUCAUGAUGUGGCUUAUUGGUCAAGGAGCUUCUUGCAAGAUAUGGAAAGAACUUGCUCAGACCAUUUUAGGAGAAGAUGUUGGGGAAUUGGGUUGAGCUUUGGGUUUAGGGUUGUGGCACUUGAUCCUAAUUUCAAAAAGCUUUCAAUGGAUGCUAUUGUAUCAGCUUAUACUAGAGCUAAGAAUAGGGCCAUACUUUUGGACUAUGAUGGCACUGUAAUGCCCCAAAACUCCAUCAAUAAGAGCCCAAGUCAAGAGGUUAUCUCAAUCCUGAACACGCUCUGUGGGGACUCGAAAAACACUGUUUUCAUUGUAAGUGGAAGAGGCAGGGACAGCUUAAGCAAGUGGUUUUCUCCUUGCAGGAAGCUAGGAAUAGCAGCAGAGCAUGGCUACUUCUUGAGGUGGUCUGAAAAUGAAGAAUGGGAAAUCUGUGGCCAGAGUUCUGAUUUUGGGUGGAUGCGGAUUGCUGAACCUGUAAUGCAACUAUACACAGAGUCUACUGAUGGUUCUUCCAUUGAAAAAAAAGAAAGCGCUUUGGUAUGGCAAUAUCGGGAUGCAGACCCAGGCUUUGGCUCUUCUCAGGCAAAGGAGAUGUUAGAUCAUUUAGAAAGUGUCUUAGCAAAUGAACCUGUUGCUGUGAAGAGUGGUCAGUUUAUUGUAGAAGUUAAACCCCAGGGAGUCAGCAAAGGCCUUGUUGCAGAAAAGAUCUUUGCGUCAAUGGCUGAGAAUGGGAAACGAGCUGAUUUUGUGCUAUGUAUUGGUGAUGAUAGAUCUGAUGAGGACAUGUUUGAAAUAAUUGGUAAUAACACAGUGUCAGGAAAUAUCCUUUCUGCUAGCAAUUCAGUGUUUGCUUGCACAGUUGGGCAAAAGCCAAGCAAAGCUAAAUAUUAUUUGGAUGAUACUGCUGAAGUGAUAAUUAUGCUGGAGUCUCUUGCUGAAGCCUCUGAUCCUACAAUUUCAUCUGAAGAAGAAAAUGAAAUCUCUCCUUGAAAUCUCCAUCAGGUUUUCCUCUUUGGACAAAAGUUGAGUUUCGUUUCUUCAGUAAUUCCAGAUUAGGGCAGAGGCAUAUGACCAUAUUUGGUUUGUUGGGUGAGUCUGGAGUAACAGUUCAUCCUUUUCUCUUUUGAAAUUCCCUUUAUAGUUCUGCAUUUUUUGCCGACAAAAAUCCAUCUUCUGAUUGUAAAAAAAAAAAAACGAAAAAAAGAAGAAAAAGAAAAAGAAGAAGCAACUGUAUUUCUAUUCAACAUCAUGCAAAUUUAGGACAAAGUGGAAACUUUGGAACUGGGGAAACGAAUCUUUGUUCAGUUCAGAUAUCAAGUGCCUUGUUGGAAGAGUGUUGGGCCGUAAUAUUGAGUGAUUGAUUGUGAGGAACAUCUGUAGUGUGGAUUAUUCAGUCAGAAUAAAUCAGGAGGAUCAUGACCUAGUUUUACGUUUCAGUUUUGAGUUGAUUCUGAUUUUGUAUGAAAUCAAAAGCAAUUGCUCUCCAUGGGAAGAUUUUUUGAAAUAUCUUUUGAUACUUUCUGAUUUUAUGCAGGAAAAAAGAUGCAAGUUGAAAACUUGAAUGUAAGAAAUCUCAAAUUGAAAUCAUGUUAAGAAGUUCCAGAAUCUUCAUUGUUUAGAAUUAAUCUGCUGAAUUUUGUGGGUUCAUGUGCAAAAAAAAUUAGAGCUUCUAUUGCAUACAUCUGUGUGUAAGACUCUAUUGGAAUUUGAAAUGAGUGGCACUAUUUUCUUACAUCAGAGUCCUUGGAGUGCUGUUCGAGGCAAUUCUCAUUCAGUUUCAUUGGGUUGGCAGUACAACAUGAUCAGUCCGAAUGGGCAGGGGAGAGAUAUGGUCAGGCUAUGACAUACAAGAUGGAUUAGUUGGUUGAUGUAAUGUCCAAUCAACUUUUACGGUUGACUAUGCAAUUGAAAUUUUGCUCUCACUCCUUCUCUAUCUCUCAUUCUUGCUUGGUUUUUUUUCCUUCUUGUUUUCAUUUGUAGAAUUUUCAUUUCUGUACAUUUUAGGCAACUAGUUUCUGUAGUUCAAAAUGCUGCCCGACUCUUUAAAUAGAAACUGUGUUAUAGCCUGGUUGUAGUCUGGCAUAUUAUUUUCCUACAACCUUGAUUCAUUUGAGAAAUGCUAGCAUUGCAAAGGAAGAACCCUAUCGGUACCCUGGUGACAAAUGUAACUAUAUUUGUGUAAUGAGAGAGGAAACUAGACUUCUUCUGAGAAAUUUCAUGGAUAAUUUCUGUUUUUUGAGUAAAAAAAUUAGUUGAAGUUUGUGGAUUUGAUUGCUUAAUAUAUGGUUAUGGAUUGUUUAAUGA